CUGAGCGCCUGAAACAGGAAGUCAGGCAGUCAGCGAAGCUGGUGUUAGCAGCAGAGGUGACCGGAGGGGACAGGCGGCAGGUCCCGGUGCAGGAGACCCUCUCCCACCAUGGGCCCCUGCUGGAACCACGGCAACAUCACCCGCUCCAAGGCAGAGGAGCUGCUGUCCAGGGCCGGCAGGGACGGGAGCUUCCUGGUGCGCGCUAGCGAGUCUAUCACCCGGGCGUACGCGCUCUGUGUGCUGUACCGGAACUGCGUCUACACUUACAGAAUCCUGCCCAACGAGGAGGACAAGUUCACUGUCCAGGCCUCGGAAGGCGUCCCGGUCAGGUACUUCACUAAACUGGACCAGCUCAUAGAGUUCUACAGGAAGGAGAACAUGGGACUGGUGACCCACCUGCAGUACCCUGUGCCCCUGGAGGAGGAGGAUGCCGGCGACGACCCUGAGGAGGACACAGCCUCCUUCUUGGGCUGUGGACCCAGAAAGCCAGGCCUGGCUCAGUCUGUCCAAGACCGGCAGCCCUGCAGGCCACCCUGCCCUGUGCCCAGCAGGGCACCAGACCCCAGCAGUGCCCCACAGCAGCCCCAGGUACAAGGAUCCAGAGAGCCAGAAAGUGUCAUGUCGCCACCCGAGCUGCCACCCAGAAACAUCCUGUUCUCUGUUGGGAACUGUGAGACCAAAGAGCUUCCGGUGCCAGCUGAGAACCCCCGUGCCCCUGAGGCCAGCCGGCCCAGCCUCUCCGAAACACUAUUGCAGCGGCUGCAGAACAUGGACACCAGUGGGCUUCCGGAAGAGCACCUGAAAGCCAUCCAGGAGUACCUGAGCACCCAGCUAGCCCUGGAUUCUGACUUCGUGAAGACGGGCUCCAGCAGCCUCCCCCACCUGAAGAAGUUGACCUCACAGCUCUGCAAGGAGCUCCACGGGGAGGUCGUGCGCACGCUCCCGUCCCUGGAAUCCCUGCAGAGGUUGUUUGACCAGCAGCUCUCCCCGGGCCUCCGCCCUCGCGCUCAGGUCCCCUGUGAGGCCAGUUCGGUCAGCAUGGUGGCCAAGCUCAGCCAGCUGACAAGUCUGCUGUUCUCCAUCGAAGACAAGGUCAAGGCCUUGCUGCACGAGGGGCCUGAGCCUCCUCACUGGCGUUCUGUCAUCCCUCCCGUCACGUUUGAGGUGAAGGCGGAGUCUCUCGGGAUCCCUCCGAAAAUGCAGCUCAAAGUCGAUGUGGAGUCUGGGAAGCUGAUCAUUAAGAAGUCCAAGGACAGCUCCGAUGACAAGUUCUACAGCCACAAGAAAAUCCUGCAGCUCAUCAAGUCACAGAAGUUUCUGAACAAGUUGGUGAUUUUGGUGGAGACGGAGAAAGAGAAGACCCUGAGGAAGGAAUAUGUUUUUGCUGACUCUAAAAAGAGGGAGGGCUUCUGCCAGCUCCUGCAGCAGAUGAAGAACAAGCACUCGGAGCAGCCAGAGCCGGACAUGAUCACCAUCUUCAUUGGCACCUGGAACAUGGGUAACGCCCCCCCUCCCAAGAAGAUCACGUCCUGGUUUCUCUCCAAGGGGCAGGGAAAGACGCGGGACGACUCUGCAGACUACAUCCCACAUGACAUCUACGUGAUCGGCACCCAGGAGGACCCCCUGGGAGAGAAGGAGUGGCUGGAAAUACUCAGACACUCCCUGCAAGAAGUCACCAGCAUGACUUUUAAAACAGUUGCCAUCCACACACUCUGGAACAUCCGAAUUGUAGUGCUGGCCAAGCCGGAGCACGAGAACCGGAUCAGCCACAUCUGCACCGACAACGUGAAGACAGGCAUCGCCAACACCCUGGGGAACAAGGGAGCAGUGGGAGUAUCGUUCAUGUUCAACGGAACCUCCCUUGGGUUUGUCAACAGCCACUUGACUUCGGGAAGUGAAAAGAAACUCAGGAGAAACCAAAACUAUAUGAACAUCCUGCGGUUCCUGGCCCUGGGAGACAAGAAACUGAGUCCCUUUAACAUCACUCACCGCUUCACCCACCUCUUCUGGCUUGGGGAUCUCAACUACCGUGUGGACCUCCCCACCUGGGAGGCGGAGGCCAUCGUCCAGAAGAUCAGGCAGCAGCAGUACGCUGACCUGCUGGCCCAUGACCAGCUGCUCACCGAGAGGAGGGAGCAGAAGGUUUUCCUGAACUUUGAGGAGGAGGAAAUCACAUUUGCACCCACCUAUCGAUUUGAAAGGCUCACUCGCGACAAAUACGCCUACACGAAGCAGAAAGCAACAGGGAUGAAGUACAACCUGCCCUCCUGGUGUGACCGAGUCCUCUGGAAGUCGUACCCUCUGGUGCACGUGGUGUGUCAGUCCUACGGCAGCACCAGUGACAUCAUGACGAGUGACCACAGCCCCGUGUUUGCCACGUUUGAGGCCGGCGUCACCUCCCAGUUCGUCUCCAAGAACGGCCCCGGGACUGUGGACAGCCAGGGCCAGAUCGAGUUCCUCGCGUGCUACGCCACUCUGAAGACCAAGUCACAGACCAAGUUCUACCUGGAGUUCCACUCCAGCUGCCUGGAGAGUUUUGUCAAGAGUCAGGAAGGAGAAAACGAAGAGGGCAGCGAGGGGGAGCUGGUGGUGAAGUUUGGUGAGACCCUUCCCAAGUUAAAGCCCAUCAUCUCUGACCCCGAGUACCUGUUGGACCAGCACAUCCUGAUCAGCAUUAAGUCCUCUGACAGUGAUGAAUCCUACGGUGAGGGCUGCAUCGCCCUUCGGUUGGAGGCUACAGAGACCCAGCUACCCAUCUAUACGCCACUCACCCACAUUGGAGAGAUGACUGGCCACUUCAGGGGCGCCAUUAAGCUUCAGACCUCCCAGGGCAAGAAGAGGGAGAAGCUGUACGACUUCGUGAAGACAGAGCGGGAUGAGUCCAGUGGGCCAAAGUGUCUGAAGAGCCUCACCAGCCAUGACUCCAUGAAGCAGUGGGAACCUGCUGGCAGGGCCCCUCUGUGCGGUUCCCUGAGCAUCACCGACAUCGUGAAUCCCAGCUACAUAGGCCUGGGCCCCUUCGGGCAGCCGCUGCACCCAAAGCCGGCCAUGUCCCCGUCCCCAGACCAGCCAUUUCCGGCCUGGAGCUACGACCCACUGCCCAAGGACUCUUCCCUGGGCCCGGGAAGAGGGGAUAGUCCUCCCACUCCUCCCUCCCAGCCACCGCUAUCGCCCAAGAAGUUUGCCUCCACCAUAGCAAACCGGGGCCCCUGCCCCCGGGCCCAGGAGCCAAGGCCCAGCGAGCUGGGGAAGGGGGCGGCCGGAGCCCUGCAGGAGGAUCUGCCGCCUGCCAAGCCGGAGAUGUUUGAGAACCCGCUGUAUGGCUCUGUGAGCACCUUCCCCAAGCUGGCCCCCCGGAAGGAGCAGGAGUCCCCCAAGACGCCCCGGAAGGAGGCCCUGCCCUGCCUGGAGCCGGCUGCGACAUCGUCCAGCCCGCCGACACCCACCCCCGCGCCCCGGCCACCCCUGCCUGCUAAGAGCGCGGCAGUCCUGCAGCUGCAGCACGCCAGGGGCCGGGACUACCGGGACAACUCUGAGCUCCCUCACCAUGGCAAGCACCGGCCGGAGGAGGGGCUACUGAGCAGGACGGCCAUGCAGCAGUGACGCCCUUGGUGAGCAGCCGGUGACAGGAGCCGGAGGAACAGCAGGAGCCUCGGAAGCCUCCCCCACGACCUCCUUCCUUGCUUCCUGUGCAAAGCUUUGUAUUUUGGGGGGGACGGCCUCGCUUCUGGGUGGCCCGCCCAGUGCGGUGGCUGUGCCCUCGGCGGCCGGUGCUGUGUGGGAAGAUGCACACCGGAGGGCAGCUGCACCCCUGGGUCCCCAGUGCGGCCUUGGUACUUGGGACCCCGAGGCCUCGUUCCAGUCCUCAUUUUGAAGAGGACUGGAGUGCCAACUUGGGAGUGGAGAUAUAAGUAAUAAUAAUACUGUUAAUAAUAAUAGUGGCCACAUGGGCGGAGGAGUAGGCCCGCACGCGCCACGUGCACACUAAGUGCUUUAGGGACAUUGUGUGGGAGGACAGCCGAGGCUCCCGGGGAGCAGAGGCUCCCAGCCCCUCCCCCCACAUCCCGAGGGUUGAGCAGCAAAGCAUUAAGCAGGCUGGGGCCACCGUGAGCAGGAUGGUGUUGUCUGUGGGGACAGGGAGGGUGAAGGUGAUUUGGGCAGGGGAGCCAGGGCUCUCUAAGCAGAAGUCCCGCCUCAGCCCGGGGUCAGGGCGUCCACAUCCCUGCCGGGUCUGCACGCCCGGAUCCCACACAUACACUGCUCGGGGCAGGCAGCCCCACCAGACCCUGCCACCCACGGGCCAGGCUGGAUCUUUGGGUCUCAGGCCCCCUGUCUUUCAGCCCUGUGUCCUUGGUUCCUAGGAGAAUAGAUUGAUUGUUGGUGUCUCUUCUCGUGUUGCUUUUGACCCAGAGCGUGUGAGAGCGAGAAGAGCGAGCACGCACGCCCGCUGCCCUGUCUGUGUGACCAAUAAAC